UGUUUGCCAAUGUUGGAGGUGUAACUGGGGUCUGGCCCUGGACAAAGAUAUAGAGCAUGGCUCAAGUAAAAGUACAGACUUCAGCCCCCUUGUCUGGGCCUGGCCUCUCUCCCGUUGUACCCCCUGUGGCCAUGCCCAGCCCAGGAGCCCUGAGUCUGCAGCCCUCUAUCAAUGGCACAGUGCCAGCCUCAACGCCCAGCUGUCCUAGUCCAGCAGCUGGCUUUGUGGAUUCUACUGUGUCUGCCAACCAACCAGGCGCGCCCCAGGAAAACAUGGCAAACCCUAAAGAGAAAACUCCAAUGUGUCUGGUGAAUGAGUUAGCCCGUUUCAACAGGAUUCAACCUCAAUACAAGCUCCUGAAUGAGAGAGGCCCUGCACAUGCUAAGAUCUUCACAGUGCAGCUGUCCCUGGGGGAGCAGGUCUGGGAGGCAGAGGGCACCAGCAUCAAAAAGGCUCAACACUCCACAGCAACCAAGGCCCUGACAGAGAGUAACCUCCCCAGGCCCCCACCUCGCUCUCCCAAAGUGGACAUCAACAGCAACCCAGGGGGCUGUUUUACAGGCAGCAUCACACCCACAGUGGAACUGAAUGGUCUGGCCAUGAAGAGAGGUGAGCCAGCCAUUUAUAGACCUCUGGACCCCAAGCCUGUGCCCAACUACAGAGCCAACUACAACUUUAGAGGAAUGUUCAAUCAGAGGUACCAUUAUCCAGUGCCGAAGGUAUUUUAUGUUCAGCUGACGGUGGGGAACAGUGAGUUUAUCGGUGAGGGGCGGACUCGCCAAGCCGCCCGACACAAUGCAGCCAUGAAAGCCCUUCAGGCCCUGAGGAAUGAGCCCAUUCCAGAGAAACCACCUCAGUGUCCAGAAGACAAGAAUGAGACAGAGGAGAACAGUGAUGCUAGCAAGUCUGAGAUUAGCCUGGUCUAUGAGAUUGCCCUCAAGAGGAACCUUCCUGUCAAUUUUGAGGUCUUGAAAGAAAGUGGACCCCCACAUAUGAAAAGUUUCCUGACACGCGUGACAGUGGGAGAAUUCUCGGCGGAAGGAGAGGGAAACAGCAAGAAACUCUCUAAAAAACGAGCUGCUCUUGCCAUUUUACAAGACCUGAAAAAACUGCCACUCUUACCAGUAGUGGAGAAGCCCAAACUUCACUACAAAAAACGACCUAAAACCAUUUUAAAGACUGGACCGGAGUAUGGACAGGGGAUGAACCCCAUCAGUCGUCUGGCUCAGAUCCAGCAAGCCAAAAAGGAAAAGGAGCCGGAGUACAUGCUGCUGUCAGAGAGAGGGAUGCCUCGUCGCCGUGAGUUCAUCAUGCAGGUGAAAGUGGGUAAUGAGGUGACAACGGGCACGGGUCCUAAUAAAAAGGUGGCUAAGCGUAAUGCAGCAGAGACCAUGUUACUGCAGCUUGGCUAUAAGGCCUCCACACCUCUUCAGAACCCACCAGAGAAGAUGGACACCAAAAGCUGGAACGGACAAAGGACGGCUUUUCCCGAGGCUACCAGCAAUACACAAAAGGGAAUUCUUCACCUCUCCCCCGACGUCUAUCAGGAGAUGGAGGCCAGCAGAAACAAAGGCAGCCCGGGGGUGCCUCCAAACUACCUGAACCCCAAAGACAUCGGCCAGGGGCCCGUGGGACCCUACUACAGCGCCACGGGAAACACGGCAGCCAUCGCCCGAGAACUGCUGCUGAACGGGACGUCUCCCACGGCGGAGGCCAUGGGAGUGAAGGGAAAAGCACCUGCUCUGCCCAGUAACUCCGUUCAGCCCUCGCAGCAGCUUGAGUACUUGGCCCGCAUCCAAGGCUUCCAGGUGCAGUAUAAUGACGGGCAAUCCGGAAAAGAUUACAUGACCUAUCUCACUCUGUCACCUGUGCAGAUGACUUUCCAUGGCAUUGGGAGCUCCAUUCAAGCUAGCCACGACCAGGCCGCUCUAAGUGCCUUGAAACAGCUGUCUGAACAAGGACUGGACCCGGUGGAUGGACCAAUCAAGGUAGAAAAUGGAUCAUGUGAAAUGUAUGUACAGACUGAGCUACAAGUGAAACAUCUGGGAGAGAGAACAGAUAAUAAACAGACUAACUCAGGCACCACCGCUCAGGACUGCAAGGAUUCAAAGGCCGUCGUCUAGGAGCUGAUCGCACCCCUCAGACUCCGCUGCCCCAUGGAAACGCCCACGACCGCCGCUGCAUCCUUACAAAUGUGUCAACAUGCAAUAGGGUGGAUGUGUAUCGGGAAACGACUGACUAAAACAGCAUUCUUUGAGUCUAUGUGAAGACAACACUAUCCUGACACAUGACAUUUCUUUACAACUAAAAGAAA